AUGCGAGCAGAGCUGACUUCCUUCAAGCACCAUCCCAAUGAGGCACUGAUUGAAGAAUCUGUCGCUGGGGACGAAAUUUCCUUUGAUCGCAAUGGGGCCCUGGAAGCAGGAUUUGACAUUGUCAACUGGAUCACAUUCCCAAAUCAAUCCUUCCUCAGAGUGAAAGUUGGAAAAGUGAAUCUCCAGACUCCCGUAAAAGUAUUCUCUAUUGAUGAGUCUACUAUUACAUGGCACAUUGGAUUUAACCAGACACUGCCUAUUUCUGUGUGUACAGACAGUUGCCAUCCUGGUUAUCACAAAAAAAGGAAGGAAGGGGCACCAUUUUGCUGCCACGAUUGCAUCCCUUGUCCAGAAGGGAAGAUUUCCAACCAGAAUGACAUGAGUGACUGUUUCUGGUGCCCAGAAGAUCGUCACCCAAAUGAAGAUCAGGAUUUUUGCAUUCCUAAAGUUAUAAGCUUCCUGGCUUUUGAAGAGCCCUUGGGAAUCAGCUUAGUCACUGGUGCUCUUUCAUGUUCCUUGAUCACAGCUCUUGUGCUCGUGGCAUUUAUGAAGUAUCAUGACACUCCUAUUGUCAAAGCUAACAACAGGAAUCUUACCUACCUGCUUCUUCUCUCCCUCCUGCUCUGCCCUCUCUGUGUAUUGCUCUUCAUUGGCAGACCUUGGAUACUGGGGUGUCUAUUCCGACAAACUGCCUUUGGCAUCAUCUUCUCCAUGGCUGUUUCUUCUGUAUUGGCAAAAUCUAUCACUGUGGUUCUGGCUUUCAUGGCCACCAAGCCUGGUUCUACGAUGAGGAAAUGGGUGGGGAAAAGACUAGCUAGCACCAUUGUUCUUUCUUGCUCCCUUAUGCAAGCAGGUAUUUGUGCUAUAUGGCUGGCAACCUCUCCCCCAUUCCCAGAUGUUGACAUGCAUUCAGUGACUGAGGAAAUUUUACUAGAAUGCAAUGAAGGUUCUGUGACUAUGUUUUACUGUGUCUUGGGGUACUUGGGCUUCCUGGCAAUUGUUAGCUUCACUGUGGCUUUCUUUGCUAGGAAGUUGCCUGACAGUUUCAAUGAAGCCAAGUUUAUCACAUUUAGCAUGUUGAUAUUUUGCAGUGUCUGGUUAUCUUUUGUUCCAACGUACCUGAGCACCAAGGGAAAAUACAUGGUGGCUGUGGAAAUUUUUUCCAUCAUAUCAUCCAGUUUUGGCUUGCUUGGUUGUAUCUUUUUCCCGAAAUGCUACAUUAUUGUGCUGAGGCCUGAGCUGAACAAUAGGGAGCAACUCCUCAGGGGGAAAAAACUGAAUACAAUGUAA